CAGAUUUGAUGACCCAAGUUGCUAUAAGGUCAUCCUCGUUCUAAGAUUUUAUGUCAUCAGUUUUACAAAAAAAAAGGCUAGCCUCCCAUCCCGUCUUCUUCCUUCACUAACCAUCACCUCAUCAUGGCGAGUUCGAGGGCCAUUGGUUUCCUAAGGAAGGCUCUUCAUGGAGCAGUAACACGAAGGCAGUUUAGCACUACAUCAGCUGCAUUUGUUGAGCAGAUGACAGUGCGUGAUGCCUUAAAUACUGCCAUGGAUGAGGAGUUGGAACGAGACAAGGAUGUCUUUCUGUUAGGCGAAGAAGUUGCAUUGUACGAUGGAGCUUACAAAGUCUCUAGGGGUCUUUAUCAAAAAUAUGGUGACACCAGAGUUAUGGACACACCCAUCACUGAAAUGGGAUUUGCAGGAAUUGCUGUGGGUGCAGCAAUGGCUGGUCUACGUCCAAUUUGCGAAUUCAUGACGUUUAAUUUCGCUAUGCAAGCCAUCGAUCAGGUGAUCAACUCUGCAGCCAAGACAUACUAUAUGUCAGCAGGGGCGGUAAAUGUACCAAUAGUAUUUAGAGGUCCAAACGGAGCAGCAGCGGGAGUUGCUGCCCAGCAUUCACAGUGUUUUGCCAGCUGGUAUGGGCAUGUACCAGGCCUGAAGGUUGUAAGCCCUUGGUCAUCAGAAGAUGCCAAAGGCCUACUCAAGGCAGCAGUCAGAGA